CAGGACGUGACUCGCUUUCAGGCGUGGAAGUCCUGCCUUUCAGUGCUGGGCAUUCCCUUCCUCGAUGUGGUGCGCGUCCUCGCCGCCGUCCUCCUUCUGGGCAACAUUCAGUUCGACCAACAGGAACAAAGACAGAAGAAGGAGCUGCAGGCGGUGGCCAAUCUGCUGGGUGUCUCAAGUACCACCCUCUACAAGGGCCUCACCACAGUGACCUAUUCUGGAUCUUCAAAAUCAGCCAGUGGACUUCAAACGGUCCGCUCGAGGAGAACGACGGCCAGCUCCAAAGCAGUUCGCGACUCACUGGCAAAGGCGCUGUACAUUCGCACCGUGGCCACCAUCAUCCGCCGGGCGAACUCCUCCAAACGAAUCGGUUCCUCCUGCGGCACCACCAGCUCCGAGAGCAACGAGUCGAUUCACAAUACUGCCAACCACGAGACGGGAAGUAAUCUGCAUCAAGGGAGCCACAACAAUGGCGGGGCGCCGGCGUCGAGCAUCGGCUCCGCCUGCGGCAAGUCCUACCGGACGAUGGCAGUGCUCAACAGCGCCGUCCGCUACGCCACCAUGGACGGCUUCAUCGGCAUCCUCGACAUGUUUGGCUUUGAGGACGGACGGCUAAGCCGCCUGGAGCAGCUGUGCAUCAACCUGUGCGCCGAGACGAUGCAGCACUUCUACAAUACGCACAUCUUCAAGGCCAGCAUCGAGUCGUGUCGGGAUGAGGGCGUUCGCCCCGACAUUGAGAUCGACUUUGUCGACAACGUUCCCUGCAUUGACUUUAUCUCCUCUCUGCGAACCGGCCUCUUCAGUUUGUUAGACGGAGAGUGUCGGAAGAGCAGCAGCAGUGGCGGCAGCAGCCCCGAGGCGCUGGUAGAGAAGAUCAAGGCGCAGCACUACGGCAGCCCGCGAUACUUUGAGCAGCAGCAGCUAAGCCGCUACUUUGGCAUUCGUCACUUUGUGGCCGACGUGAUCUACGACACGAGCCACUUUCUGGAGGCGAACUCUGACCGCCUCUGCGACGACAUUGUCGCCGUCUUCCACAAGUCGCACUGCUCCUUUGGCUUUGUCAGCCACCUUUUUGGCGGGGAGCUGCGGCAGCUGACUCAGCUCAGCGGCAGUGCUCAAACUACCGGCAACGCCAAACAGGGCGUCCUUCCUCGAGGACUGAAGUUUCGCAUCGCCCCCACGGCCUCACACUCUCCGGCCACCUCGCACAACCACAAUGGCUCAUCAGCUAAUCAGCAACUACCAACAACCCUGACCGCCGACUUUCACAAUCGCCUAGACAACCUCCUGCGAACGCUAGUGCACGCCCGACCGCACUUUGUUCGCUGCAUUAAACUAAACGACCACGACCGACCGGGCCUCUUUGAACGCUCCUCCGUCGCCCGUCAGGUGCGCGCUUUGCAAAUUCUUGAAACAUCAAACAAUGUUAACCAAACGGGAGAAAAUUCCCGUAGCUCAACAGAUGUGAACUCCGCUUUAACUCAGAAUCAAGACUUUAAAGCUUUCGAAACUGCAAAGGAGCAUAUGCAAUUUUCUUAUCUAGUAGUGCUUAACCUAUACAUGCAGUUAUACGCCAAAAGGACGGAUUUGGAAGAAAAUCCAACCGAUUUUGCUCUUAUACGUCAAAUCAAUGAGAUUGUAGACAUUAUAAAAAAACAUUUGAUUGAAUACAACUCCGAACAAUUGGAGUUUAUGAAACUUCAAGAUUGCGUAUUGAGUGCGCAGAUCAGAGCCGAAAAAGACCCAGAAAAACGAAAUAAUUUACUUGCCGCACAAGUGCGACUGAGCAAGCAAAUUGAGCACAUUUGUACAAUCUAUGACAAUGUUGAACAAAAAGCUGUCCACACUGAAAAAGUUUUGACAAAUACGGCUUCAAAUCAU